CUUGAUUAUCGCGAAAAAGGGGGAUCCCUUUAAUGAACCUCCACAAUAGCUGCUGCUGUGCCCUUACCUUGUUUACCCGGCAGUAUGUACGAAGUGCUGUCGUUGCCAGUUGGACGCGUCCACCUUUAUCAAUCCCGUUCUAUUUUCGGGGCGGGCGAAACACGCAUUGCAGCGUCGCCAGAAAGAACCCGGCUACUGCCUACGGGUUGUAAGAGACAGAAGUUCGGAAGGGCCCCCCGUCCGUCUCAUCGUCCCAUCAGAUUUCCAUCGGCCAUACAGAAUACGGGAGUUGGCACGCUGGCUGAAUCCUCUGGGUUCUGGAAGAAAAAAUGUGGAAGACGAGGCCAAACGCAGACACAGACGGGGACUUGGAAGGAACUGACGUCCCAUCUCUCAAGUAUUAUCAGGGACUCGGACAGCAUUAUCCUCUGAGCGCAUCGUUCUCUAACCAGUCUGUCCUCGUUUUCUUUGACAGCUUUGGAGUUCAGUGCGCAUGCCGCUGCCGCUGCCGCUGCUCCUGCCGCUGUCUAUUGUUGGUCGCCCGUUUUUUAUUAUCAUCUGCGUCAGGACUUGCAUCUGGCACACACAUCUCAGGAGUCAGGCUGACAGAGAGACGUGAGAGAAUACUACUUUGUAGAACAGUAGGACUGACUCUUGCUGCAUCCCUUUCUGACGGUCGAACCGUCCGAGUGUCGAUUAGGUGUCGAAGAUUGGGUCUUGCUCUCCUGAGUCUUACCACAGCGCACACAACACCACCUCAGAAAGGUACUUUGUACUAAGUCUUGGGUGAGGAAGGAACCUUGAAGCAGACCCAAGGUAAGGUAGGGAAAGGGCACCGCCGUUCCUUCCCUGCUCAGUCUCCCCGUCG